AUGAAGUUCUUCGCCACAACCGCCAUCUUCUCUCUCCUGGGUGCUACCCUCGCCGCCCCUUCUGCUGCCCCUCUCGACCGAAGACUCAAGGUCGAUGGCGUCCUCGCUUGCCUUGACCCAACCGUCACCCUCGUCAUCAACGAGCUCAAGUCCCUCGAGCAAACCAAGGUUGACAAGCUCAUCCAUGACCUUCUCUCCGGCGCAGAGAUCAAGUCUGAGCUCGAGAGCGUUGGCGGAAUCACUCAAGAUGUCACUCAGCUGCUCUCUUGCCUCUCCCUUGGACUCGGAGAUGUCGACGCUCAGCUUGGUGACACCGUGAUCGGUCUCCUCGAGAGCCUCCACCUCGUUCCUAGUUAG